UGUCCUCUUCCUUCUUCUCUCUCUCUCUCUCCUCUUGGUGGCUCCUUGUUAUAGAAGUAGAAGCCCUUUUUGCUACUGCUCCUUUCUAAUUUCGUGUUACCUGAUCGUGGGUUCCCCUGCAGGAAAAAUCCGAUCUUUCUUUCUGGGUUUCUGCAAUUACCGAUUUAUCUGAUCAUGGCGGUCGUUGAGAAAGUCGGAGGAGCUGAUACAGAGGUUGGUGCUGCGAUCUCCCCAUCGCCGCCGUCUUCCGUCACUAGUCAAGGAUCAGGAGAUCUGGGUGAAAAUGGUGAGAUCAGAUCCGAUGGUGGGGGAGAGAGCUUCAAGCGUGAGAUGAGAGAGCUGAAUGAGCUUUUAACUAAGCUCAACCCCAUGGCUAAAGAGUUUGUUCCUCCCUCCCUCACUAAGCAAGGAGCUAACGGUGGUUUCUUCACCGUCCCUGAUUCUUUCCCCGUCAACGAAGACGGCGGUUUUCGACGGAAGAAGUCGUUCGGACCACCACAAGGGAAACGGAGGAUGAAUCCUCGGACAAGUAUGGCUCAGCGUGAAGACGUCAUUCGAAGAACUGUCUAUGUGUCUGAUAUUGACCAACAGGUCACUGAGGAGCAGCUUGCUGGUUUGUUCAUCGGCUUUGGACAGGUUGUUGACUGUCGCAUUUGCGGGGACCCAAACUCAGUACUUAAGUUUGCUUUCAUCGAGUUCACUGAUGAAGGGGGUGCAAGAGCUGCGCUGAAUCUGUCUGGGACGGUGCUGGGAUUCUAUCCUGUGAAGGUUAUGCCGUCCAAAACUGCUAUUGCACCGGUUAACCCGACGUUAUUGCCUAGGACUGAAGAUGAGCGUGAGAAGUGUGCGAGAACUAUCUACUGCACUAACAUCGACAAGAAGGUCACUCAAACGGACAUAAAACUCUUCUUUGAGGCUGUGUGUGGAGAGGUAUUACGUCUGAGGCUUUUGGGAGAUUAUCAUCAUCCAACUAGAAUCGGUUUCGUUGAGUUUGUCAUGGCUGAAAGUGCAAUAACGGCUCUCAAUUGCAGUGGCGUGCUUCUUGGUUCUUUACCCAUAAGGGUGAGUCCCUCAAAGACACCUGUUCGUUCCCGUGCUGUCCCUCGACAACAACAGUAACAGCUACAAGUUUAUUAUACAUAUAUAUAUCUCUGCUCUCACCGGCAUGUAAAGAUGUUUGUCUGAAACUCUUAAAGUCUUUUGUUUUCCUAUGUGUAAUGCUUGGAAGCUUGAUGAUGCUUCUGUUGUCUUUUGCUUUGGGAUACUUUUGGGUCGUAGGGAGUUUUAAUUUCGAUGUGGGUUUUAACUUUUAGAGAAAAGAAGUUACACAGAGCAGAAGAGAGAAACACUGAGAGUGAGGUUUGAAGAUUGUCUCUGUUAAUGGGAGUUUUUAGUUAUUUAUACUGUUGUUGUUGCUCUUGGACUUAUUAGAAACCUGCUUUUGUUCGUAAAUGUUCUACAUUUUAUAUUUA